GGUGCAGUAGAAGAGGUGGCCGAGGGGUACCGGGUGGCUGUUCUUUGAGAGGGUUGGGGGACCAUCCUUCCCGAGAUCUUUCGUGGCCCCGGGUCCUGACUUCGUGUUGAGGAGGCCCCGUUCCCGAGACCCGGCCUGAGCCGGAUAAGCCCCAGAUAGCUCAUUCUGGAUAUGUUGCUGUUUUUCGCUUUGGGACUCCUCGUACAUUUUGUGUUCUUCGCCUCCAUCUUUGACAUUUAUUUUACAUCUCCUUUGGUGCAUGGAAUGACUCCUCAGUUUACACCAUUACCUCCUCCAGCAAAAAGAUUAGUGUUGUUUGUUGCUGAUGGCCUGAGAGCAGAUGCUCUUUAUGGAUUAGAUGAAGAUGGAAACUCUAGCGCACCUUUUAUUAGGAAUGUUAUAAUGCAUGAAGGCAGCUGGGGAGUAUCUCACACACGUGUGCCAACAGAAUCUCGGCCUGGCCAUGUAGCCCUAAUAGCUGGGUUUUAUGAGGAUGUCAGUGCAGUUGCCAAAGGAUGGAAAGAAAAUCCUGUAGAAUUUGACUCUCUUUUUAAUGAGAGCAAGUACACAUGGAGCUGGGGGAGUCCAGAUAUCUUGCCUAUGUUUGCCAAAGGUGCUAGUGGUGACCAUGUUUAUACAUAUAGUUAUGAUGCCCAAAGAGAGGAUUUUGGUGCCCAGGAUGCUACAAAACUGGAUACCUGGGUUUUUGAUAAAGUUAAGGACUUCUUUGAUGCUGCAAGGAACAACCAGUCUUUGUUCUCAAAAGUAAAUGAAGAAAAAAUUGUUUUUUUCUUACAUUUAUUAGGAAUAGAUACAAAUGGACAUGCGCACCGACCAUCAUCAAGGGAAUAUAAGGACAAUAUUAAAAAAGUUGAUGAUGGAGUGAAGGAAAUUGUGUCAGUAUUCAAGCAUUUUUAUGGUGAUGAUGGGAAAACAGCAUUUAUUUUCACCUCUGACCAUGGAAUGACGGACUGGGGUUCCCAUGGGGCUGGACAUCCUUCAGAGACUUUAACUCCUUUAGUCACCUGGGGAGCCGGAAUCAAGUUUCCUGAGAAAGUAUCAGCUCAGCAAUUUGAUGACAAAUUUUUAAAAGAAUGGAAAUUGGAAAACUGGAAGAGGCGAGAUGUUGAUCAGGCUGAUAUUGCACCACUGAUGGCAUCCCUUAUUGGAGUUCCCUUUCCUCUUAAUUCUGUGGGAACACUUCCUGUGGAUUAUCUUAACAACACUGGUCUCUUCAAAGCAGAGAGCAUGCUUACCAAUGCAGUACAGAUUCUUGAGCAGUUCAAGGUGAAGAUGACUCAGAAAAAAGAAGUUACUUUACCAUUUUUGUUUACACCAUUUAAGUUGCUCUCUGAUUCUCAACAGUUGGAUAUUUUAAGAAAAGCAAGGUCUUACAUAAAACAAGAAAAGUUUGAUGAAGUAGUCUCCCUCUGUGAGGAACUGAUUGACCUUGCAUUGAAAGGAUUGUCCUAUUAUCACACUUAUGACAGAUUCUUUUUGGGCAUCAGUGUUGCAAGUGGUUUUGUGGGAUGGACAUCUUAUGCUUCUUUGUUAAUCCUCAAGUCUCAUUCUAAUUUCACAAGAAGUUCUAGGAAGGAAGUUAAGAAGCCACACUAUCUCUUGCUGUGUAGCUUUGUUGCUAUCGGUGUUUUAGUGGUGUGUUUCCUGCUGAUCCAAGUCUGUCCCUGGACUUACUACGUGUAUUGCUUGCUGCCAGUACCCAUAUGGUAUGCAGUUCUAAGAGAAUAUCAAGUUAUUCAAGACCUGGUUGCAUCACUGUUGACUUUUCCUCCGAGCCAUUUCGUGGCCCACUUACUUGUCUUUAUCUUGGGAAUUGAAGUACUGGUGUUAAGUUUCUUCUACCGCUACAUGCUGACAGCUGGACUGAUUGUGUUUGCGGGUUGGCCAUUUCUCACUCAGCCGUGGACCCAAGCAAAGAUCACCUACCUGAGUUGGGCUCUCUUCUCUUUGCUUCUGGCAGUGUUCCCACUGAUGCCUGUUGUGGGUAGAAAGCCAGAUCUCUCUCUAGUAAUGGGUGCAGGCUUGCUGGUUCUUCUGUUGGCCCUGGCUAUUGUAACAGUUCUCACAAAAAGAAAAAUUACUUUGGUAAAGGAGGAGCUGUUGGUACUUCUAUUACAGGUGCUGAGUACAGUGCUUUCUAUGUAUGUUGUGUACAGCACCCACCACAGUCUGUUAGAGAAAGAAGGUCUGCCUCUUAUGAAUCAGAUUGUGAGCUGGACAACGUUGGCCUCUUCCUUGGUUGUGCCACUCCUGAGUUCCACAAUUCUCUUCCAGCGACUGUCCAGCAUACUUCUUUCCUUGAUGUCAACCUACUUGCUUCUAAGCACAGGGUAUGAAGCUCUCUUUCCAUUAGUGUUGUCCUGCUUGAUGUUUGUCUGGAUACACAUGGAACAAGAGACCCUGCACCAGCCUGGUGUUUCCUGUAAACAGAAGCUCACCAGCAUUCAGUUCACCUGUAAUACUGAUAUAGCUCAGUUGCGUCUGCUUGAUCUGGAUGACGUCCGCAGGGCCUUUUUCCUUGUUUUCUUUUUAGUGACUGCAUUUUUUGGAACUGGAAAUAUAGCUUCUAUUAACAGCUUUGACCUUGCCUCUGUGUAUUGCUUUCUGACUGUGUUUAGUCCUUUCAUGAUGGGAGCUCUAAUGAUGUGGAAGAUUUUAAUUCCAUUUGUUCUUGUGAUGUGUGCCUUUGAAGCAGUUCAGAUAACUACACAGCUGUCAUCAAAAGGCCUUUUCCUCAUUGUUCUUGUCAUAUCAGACAUCAUGGCUUUGCAUUUUUUCUUCUUGGUCAAGGAUUCUGGCAGCUGGCUUGAUAUUGGAACCAGCAUCAGCCACUAUGUGAUUGUCAUGUCCAUGACCAUCUUUCUGGUAUUUCUUAAUGGCCUGGCACAACUGCUCACAACAAAGAAACUCCAACUGUGUGGCAAACCCAAAAGCCAUCUCCUGUGAUGUUGGUGAAGCCAUCAGUCAACAUCUGCAUUCUGAUUCUCCUUAAAGAAAAUCCACCAAGGAUUCAAGAAGAUGGAUAAAAGUGCUUGUUGCACAAGGCUGACAACUUGAGCUCAAUCCCUGGAAUCCAUGGUGAUAGGAGAAAACAGACUCCCAGAAGUUAUCCUUUGGCCUCCAUGUGCAUGCUGUGUGGCCCCCACCUCCCACCUCCCACGAUAACAUUGCAUCUAUGAAAGAAGAUGGAUGCUAAUUCAUAUUCUCCUUUAGAGAAUGUUUCAUCUGGAAUUCUGGAUUAUAGGUGGUCUGACAUAAUGGAGCUUCCUUUUUCUUUCAAGUUCCUUUGUGACCAUUUCCAAGGAGUUUCUUUUCUCUCUAGGUUUUGCAGGCUUGAAAUGAUGAUUGUAUCUUACAAUGUCAUUUGUUUUUUAUCAUCAUUUGUAAAGCAUCCUUUGUUUUUAUUUUGUCUGGCAACUUUUUCCCAGUAGUGUUUGAGAGCACCUGCCACCCUUUAUGCCUCAUAAUGCAAUCAUCCAAAGGAUGCCCCUGUGCAGGACAGUACUGACACUCUCAAAGUCAUCACUGUGGAGGGCCUGAAUGGAAACCACUAGUUACAACAUAAACAUCUGUCAGCCCCAUUAUGGGGCUGCUUUUGUAGUAGUUCUGACUGCUCCAGCAUGUGAUGAGUAAGACAGGUGGGGCCCGCAAUCUGGGAUUUACUGAACCUCACUGGGAAGCUGUCUGCCCAGCUUUGCUAUUUCUGUGUCCUCAGUAUGUUGGCUUGUGCCUCUCUGUGAUGCUUCUACGGUUCUCAUAGACAGCCAGCUAGAUGAAGUUUCCACCUUUACCUUCUGUCCAUUUCUGGUCAUCUUAGAAUUUCUGGGGACUCUGUCUUUGUUGGUUAUUAUUUCAACCUCAUUCCCCAAACCAAAGGCUAUAGUUUCCUGACAGUAUCAUAAAGACUCAAAAUUACUCUUUUGAUCUUGAUGUUUUAGUUAGACCAAAGGCCUAUAGCCAUCUAACUAGAUUUAGAUUUCCUUUUGUAUAUUCCAAUGAAUGAGAUAAUUUGAGAGUAAUUUUAAUUUGGGUUUCCCAUACAGUGACCUAUAUAGUAUAGAGUUGCCUAUAGAAUGAUGUUAAGUGCUUGGCUCAUAUUUUGCUGGUAUGUAUCCCAUUUUAAAAAACAAUUGGUUUUGAUUCAAGUUAUACUAUUACUAGUCUGUAUUAGUGACCAGAAAGCUGCUUAUAAAUUACUAAAUGUUUUCAAAUUGGCAGGUGAGUAAACAUAAUCUAGGAGAGUAAGCUCAAAUGAGCAAAAUAUAAUUCAAUUUCUACGUAUGAUGAAGUCAUAAUUUAUUUAUGAUCAUGCCUCCUGAUAUGGCAGGGAACACAUUAUAGUAUAUUGAGAGAAAAGUGCUGGUCCUAAUACCAGCCUCAGCACCACUGUGUAAGAGUCUAGACGGCAGCUAAAAAGCUGCUGCAGCAGUGCUAACCCUGGAAGAACAAGGACCCAGCUGCCUUCCUAGACCCUCAGGUAACUUCUCAUCCCACUAUGUAUACACCAUUUACCUUUGUGCAAUUUGAUUUACAUUCCUCCUCUACAGAGGAAUCAAUACAUUGUUAAAGGUUUAUUUUAAGUGUGUGUGUGCACACAUGCAUGCACAUGUGAGCACAGGUUGUUAGAUCCCUGAAGCUGUAAUUACAGGUUGUGAGAUGCCUGAUAUGGGUGCUGGAAACCAAAGUCAGGUCCUUAGCAGGAAUAGUUUUUUGUUUGUUUGUUUGUUUGUUUGUUUGUUUUUAAAGUACUGAGACAUCUCUCCCAACUCCAGAGUUAAUAUUUUUAUAACAGCACUGUAAAAGGUGCUUCCUGUCUUAUGUCUUUUUUUCAUUAUGUAUUACCUUUAGGUUGGCUCUAAUUUAUAGAAGGCAAUGCUUCUGCAGCAAUAACUCUCCCUGCUGCACUGUUUAAAUUAGGAAAAGCUUUUAGAAGUAGGAAUAUAUUGGGCAUGGUGGCAGAUGUCUGUAAUCCCAGCACUUGGGAGGUAUAGGAAGGAGAUCAUGAGUUCAAGGAUAUAGAAAGUUAGAGACCAGCCUGGGCUAUAAAACCCUGUGUUGAAAAGAAUUAAAGUUGGCAUCUCAAUUUGAAAAAAAAAAAUUAAAAUAAUGAAUGACAGAGGAAAAACAUACUGUGUUAAAUGAAUCAUGACUAAAUCUUGGAUACUAAUUUACCAAUAAAUUCUUUGUAUUUUACUAUUUAGUGUAUAAAGUCUUAGAACACAAAAUUCCUUCUUCUAUUUUAGAAAAAUUAUAUUACAAACGGUGUGGUGACACAGGCCUCUGUAUAAUCCCAGGGUUUAGGAAGCUGAGGAGGAGGAUCACAUGUUCAAGGCCAGUGUAGGUCGAUUACCAAGUCCAGGGUAGCAUGCAUUAUGUGAGGCCCCAUGUUAGGAAACAAUGAGGUGAUGGUAGGGGACUGUUGUACUAUAUGUGAAGAAUGACAUAACCCAUUUGUCAGUGACAGAACUGAACUGGACAGUGACUCAUCAGUUAUGGUGCACUUCUCAUGAAAAGUGCACUCCAGAUUUCAGGCUGUUCACACAGCAGCCCUCUUCUUGUUGCCAUCUGCACUUUACAUACUGUCAGUAGUAAAGAGUUUCUUUGUUCCUCCUUUUGAAACUAGUUUCUGAUGCUACUCAUUCAGGGGGUGGUGAAGGGUUGCAUAGUCCUGCCUCUAGAGACAGGCAGAAGCUGUGUCCCCUCUCCUGAUGGGAGCCAUGUGAGCUCCAUAUACUUUUAGAUGCCAUCUCAUCAGGAGUCUGGAGAGAAUAAACCAACUCAGUAAUGGAGAGGACCCCCUAUCUGACUAGUGCUCAGAGGCCCUUUAAGAGACCAGAGGUAGCCUGACUGACAUCUCUCCUUUCCUCAAUAGUUCUUUAUGUCAGCAGUGCCCUCAUCCCCUCUAAAUGCUUCCUAGUGUUCAUGCUCAUUGUACCACAUGCUCUCAGUAUACUGGUAAUGUCUUCGUAGCAUUUUCUAUUUCUACACUGGUGUAGUUUAUAAAAAUAUUUUUCUGAAUGUAAUUCUAUAAAGAAAAUUUUUUAGGUGUAUGUCACUAAUUUUCUCAAGUACACUAAAAAUGGAUUGGGUUACUGAUGGACUCACCAUUAGAAUUGUAGUAUUUAUGUGUACAAAUAGUGUCUUGAAGAUAAUUUCAAAGCAUCAAUUGUUGGUGAAUAAAUACAUGAUCAUAAAAGGUUUCCCUGAUGAAGUAUUUGGGAAACAUCUAGGUGAGAAAAGGUUUAAAGGUGCAUUUAUUUUGGUAGCCAAUGAAGUCCAUUUCUGCAGGAUGUCCAUGCCCACAACUUCCACAUGCUGCAGACUUUCCCCCUCUACAUGGGUAAGCAUAUUUUACAAAUUUCUUCAUGUAGUUUUUCCGCACAAUUUUCACAAAAGGGUGUUGUACAUAUAGUUGAAUUUUUCCCCUUGCAACUGGCAAAGCAUAUUUAUUAUAAUCGUUAAACUGGGUAAACUUCAGAACAUCCUGGGGAUUUUGCCUACGUAUCACUGUCUGUCCAUUUUACACCCUCAGCCUGAAAAACAUAGUCACAACCCUCAGCUUGUUUUCUUGUGAUCCUACACUUUUAAAAGCAUAACUUUGGUCAAAAACUGUGAAAACAAGAUCAAGGAAGCUCAGAUCCCAGUAUGGGUGGCAGAGGGAUCAUACCCUCUUCUGAUCCCCUAUUGACAAAAUAUGGCUGCAGGGGGAGGGGCAGUCUGCUUGUGUUCCUGUAGAUGGUCCUACACCCACUGUAGAGAGCUGCGUGAAAGAUGGCGCCGGCUUCUGCUUUCUGCUAGCCCAACAAGCUUGCUCUCUGUGGUAAACAACUCCAUUUAUGGCUUGAUUUGAGGCUUGGCUUUGCUUCUCUGUGUGUGUGUGUGUGUGUGUGUGUGUGUGUGUGUGUGUUGUACCUGUGGGCAUUCGCCACGUGGCUUGCUGGGGUUGGCUACCCAAGAGCAAUUUAAGUUGAGGGCGGGCUUUCCCUGGGGUCAGAAGAUUGUUUCAGGUUCCUGAAUAAACUGCUUAAGGAAGA